AUGUCUGUUUCAAACACACCAGUAUUAGAACCUCUGCAACCACCACCAAUGGCGGUGAUGGCUCAACAGGCGGCCUACACAGCUCAUUCGGGUCAUGGCUCCUUUGGACCCGUUAUUGGUGCCCUUGCAGUGAUAACAAUACUGUGUGCUUUAUCUGUGAUGAUCGGGCGGCUUUGUUCGGGUCGGAGAAUAAUGGGUUAUCAAGGGUACGAUUUUGAAAGGUGGGUUGAGAUUAAAUGCUCCUCUUGUAUUGAUGGAAGCUUUAAUUCUUAUCCGCCGCCGCGCAUGGUAGCGGAGCACCGUGUCAGCAGCUCCUCAGAUGCGGCGCCGCCACUAGAGACACCUUCAGAAGCUGCGGAAGAACAAGUAGAGGUGGCGGAACAACACACGACUUCGCAAGAUGAACACCGUCCACAUGAAAGAGCUGAGUCUUGA